GAAUAAAGGGCAAACAUUUCCCCACGUGAGAACCCUGCUCACUCCACUCCGAAUUGUAGGCUGCCGCAUCUCACCCUUUCGCCUUUCCUCGCCAAUUUGCCAUGUACUACUACUACCACAGGAAUCGCCCGUCCCACUCCCACCACCAUCCAUGGCCGCAUCUGCAACACAGAAUCGCGCAGCGAAAAAAUCUAUCCCCCUCUCGCCUACCUCCCGGUUCCGAGUCCGUGACCGCGAAUGCCAUGCAGAAAUUGCAAUCGUCUUCUUCCUCCCCGCUCUGUCCCCAUCGCGCGGUAACCAUCGCAUCUCCGGCUGCCGCCCCUCUCGCUCCUGUGCUUGCGUGCGCGUGCUGUGAUGCACGCCUGCACAUGUUCGGCGCCAACUACCUGCGCUGCUGUCGCGGGACAAGACUGCGGGGGGCUUGGACUACUACGCCUAGUUGUCAAUUCUUUAUCCUGAUACAGCAGCCGUCAAGCUUUCUUCCAGGGAGGGGAGAGAAAGAGAGGGCGCUCCCAAUCCUCUUCUUUCUCCAUCUUCGUGCCCACCUGGGCCACCUCAAAACCAGCAUCUUGCUUUCCCGAUGGUAUUAGAGCUCCACCCGACCGUACCAGCGUCCAGGAACCGGGUGUGAGGAACCUCUCCCUGCCGCCGCCCAAUUCCGCCCCCCAUUGCGCCAAGAACCGAUGCAGCUCGCCCAAAGAUGAAAGAUUCCGGCUUGCGACGGUGCCGGUGCUCUACCGCCGAUUCCGGGGAGGAGAUGGAGGCCUGAAGCUCGCGGGUUGGGAGGAGGCCAAUGGGGGCGCUUCAGGUGAUGCUUCCGCUCUUGGUGCUGCUCGCCGCCGCGGCGAGGCUUGUCGCGGCGGCGGGGGCGCGGCCGAGCGAGGUGGCCGUGGGCGCGCUCUUCACCUACGACUCCACCAUUGGCCGCGCGGCGCGGCUCGCCAUCGAGCUCGCCGUCGACGACGUCAACGCCGACCGCACCGUGCUCGCGGGGACCCAGCUCAAGUUGAUCACCCAGGACACCAACUGCAGCGGCUUUCUCGGGACCAUCGAAGCAUUGCAGCUAAUGGAAAACAAUGUCGUUGCCGUUAUUGGCCCACAAUCCUCUGGGAUAGGCCAUGUCAUUUCCCAUGUUGUUAAUGAGCUACAUGUUCCUCUUCUAUCAUUUGCGGCCACAGACCCAACUCUUUCUGCAUCAGAGUACCCUUACUUCAUAAGGACAACCAUAAGUGACUACUUCCAAAUGAACGCCGUUGCUAGCAUUGUUGAACACUAUCAGUGGAAAGAGGUAACUGCUAUAUUCGUUGAUGAUGAUUAUGGGCGAGGUGGUGUCUCAGCCCUUGGUGAUGCACUUGCAGAAAAGAGGGCAAGGAUUUCAUAUAAGGCAGCUAUUCCUCCUAACUCAAAUACAGACAUGAUCAACGAUGUAUUGUUCAGAGCAAAUAUGAUGGAAUCAAGGGUCAUGGUUGUGCAUGUCAAUCCUGACACGGGGAUGAGCAUAUUUUCUAUUGCUAACAAGCUCCAGAUGCUGGCCAGCGGCUAUGUCUGGAUAGUGACUGAUUGGCUAGCUGCUGUUCUGGAUUCCUCAGCGUCUAGAGAUCUUAAAUAUAUGAGUCAUAUUCAGGGACUAAUUGUUCUUCGUCAGCACACUCCUGAAUCUGCUGCCAAGAAUAAGUUCAUAUCUAAAUGGAAUGGUGUGGCUCGUAAUAGAAGUAUUACUUCUGGCUUGAACUCAUACGGCUUUUAUGCAUAUGACUCAGUUUGGGCUGUUGCUCAUGGUAUUGAUCAAUUUCUCAAUAGUGGGCAACAGAUCAACUUCUCUACAGAUCCAAGAUUGCACGAUUCUAAUGGAAGCAAUUUGCAGCUAUCAACUCUCAAGAUAUUUGAUGGUGGUGAGCAGAUGCUACAGCAACUUCUCCUCACAAAUUUUACAGGCCUAACUGGUCCAGUCCAAUUUAAUUCAGACCGCGAUUUGGUACGCCCAGCAUAUGAUAUCCUUAAUAUUGGUGGUUCUGGCUCCCAGUUGAUCGGCUAUUGGUCCAAUUACUCAGGCCUCUCUGUAACUGCUCCUGAAAUUUUGUAUCAGAAGCCACCAAAUACUUCUUCAUUUGUCCAGCGGCUCCACAAUGUGGUCUGGCCAGGUGAUUCCACCACUACACCAAAGGGGUGGGUUUUCCCAAACAAUGGACAGCCUCUGCGAGUUGGUGUUCCAAUGAAAGCAAGCUUUAAGGAACUAGUGGCAGGUGGCAGGGGCCCUAAUAAUGUGACUGGUUACUGUGUUGAUAUAUUCAAUGCAGCAAUUAAUCUGCUUCCUUAUCCAGUUCCCUGCCAAUUCAUAACAAUAGGGGAUGGUACAAAGAACCCAAACUAUGACGAUAUUAUUAAUAUGGUUGCUUCCAAUUCCCUUGAUGCAGCUGUUGGUGACUUUGCUAUUGUGAGAAAUAGAACAAAGAUUGCAGAAUUCACGCAGCCUUAUAUUGAAUCAGGGCUUGUGAUAGUAGCACCAGUGAAACAAGCAACUUCAAGUGCCUGGGCUUUCCUUAAACCUUUCACAUUGGAGAUGUGGUGUGUGACAGGUGCUCUUUUUCUUUUUGUGGGGAUAGUUGUUUGGAUUCUUGAACAUCGGACUAAUGAGGAGUUUCGAGGCUCUCCACGACGACAAGUUAUAACAAUAUUUUGGUUUAGCUUCUCAACAAUGUUCUUUGCACACAGACAGAACACUGUAAGUGCACUUGGGCGGUUCGUGUUGAUCAUAUGGUUGUUUGUUGUGCUGAUCAUCAAUUCAAGUUAUACUGCAAGUUUGACGUCAAUCCUCACAGUCCAACAGCUAGCAACGGGAAUAACUGGGAUUGACGAUUUGAUUUCGAGUGCUUUACCUAUUGGAUAUCAGGCCGGAAAAUUUACCAGAAAUUACCUGAUCGAAGAGCUCAAUAUUCCUGAGUCUCGACUGAUUCCACUUAAUACAAUCCAGGAAUAUGCUGAUGCCCUUAAACAUGGACCAAAAGAUGGCGGUGUUGCUGCAAUUGUUGAUGAGAUGCCAUAUGUUGACAUUUUCUUGUCAUAUCACUGCAAUUUCAGAGUAGUGGGACAGGAGUUCACGAAGGAGGGAUGGGGCUUUGCAUUCCAGAGAGAUUCCCCCCUUGCUGCAGACUUAUCAACAGCCAUCCUUCAGCUUUCAGAGAGUGGCCAGCUUCAGAGAAUUCACGACGAGUGGUUGACGCGGUCUAGUUGCUCCUCUGAUGACAGUGAAGUGGGAGCGACCAGGCUUGGCCUUGGAAGCUUUUGGGGCCUUUUCCUCGUUUGUGCCCUGAUAUGUCUCCUUGCUCUGCUGGUGUUCUUCAUACGAGUCUGCUGGCAGUAUAGCAAGUACUCCAAUUCUGAAGCUGCUGGUGAGCCCAGUGCAGCUGAUGCUAAUGCCGCUGCCGCUGCCGUUGCCGCUGAUGCUGCCGAAAGACAGCGAAGGCCAUCACGCCUUGGCAGCUUCAAAGAACUGAUACAGUUUGUCGACAAGAAGGAGGAAGAAGUUAGGAGAACGAUGAAACGAAGAUCAAGCGAGAAAGAUAACCAACCUGCAGGAUCCUCAGAUGUUCAGUCAGUGGUUUCAGCAUAGAACAUUCUUUCCGACUAAAGUCCUUCAGAAGGCAAAGCAGGGAAGCAUAAUACCGAUAGCUUAUUGAUUUAGGUUAACUUGCUUGGGGUAGGAGAUCAAAGAACCAUUUUUCAUCUGGGCCAUUAGAAUUUCGUCUCAGAUACAUAUACACAAGUUGUACUAAACAAUUGUUUCUGGUAAUUGAGUUCUUUUAUCAAGCUGUGCAAA